AUGGUGAGCGCGACAGCCGCCGCGGACGUCAUUCCUUCGGAGGACAGCGUGCUAAUGUACUCGCAGUCGGCCCAAAAUUCAGCGGGUAUCCAGACCCUCCUCGACGCUGAGCGGGAGGCUUCCAAGAUUGUCCAGAAAGUCCGAACCAAGCGAGUGAAGGAAGCUCGCGACGAGGCUAAGAAGGAGAUUGAAGCUUAUCGCAACUCCAAGGAGGACGAGUUCAAGAAGUUUGAGUCUGAGCAUACCCAGGGCAACAAACAGGCCGAGGACGAGGCGAACAAGGAGGCCGAGGGCAAGAUCAAGGAGAUCAAGGAUGCUGGAAAGAAGAGCCAGGAUAAGGUCGUUGCCGAUCUCCUGAAAGCUGUUUUUGAAGUCAAACCUGUCCCUCCAAGCGCCGCAUGA